UUGACUCAGUGCAGAAAUGUUACAUAUUUCAGCUGCAGCUUUAUUGCUCUUUGGCAUGGGUUUUCUCAAAGUUAUGGUUUCAACAGCAAAUAUACAGGCUCAGCCAGGAGAAACUGUACCUAUGUGGUGUUCACACAGUAUCCAUGUUUCUGGAGACUUAUACUGGUUCAAGCAAACAGACGGUGCUGUACCCAUUACUAUUGCUAAGAUGUUAUUCACUGAAAGUCUACAGAAAGUAAAACCAAAUUAUUUUAAUGAUUAUACAAAGGAUCGUCUGGUCAUGAAUCAAUCCAUCAAAAGCACUUUACUAACAAUUAUAAAUGUGACAACAUCUGAUUCUGGCUUCUACUUUUGUGGAUUUAUGGGAUAUCCCUUGAAAUUUGGCAAUGGAACAAGCCUUGAAGUUAAAGUUACUGAAGUUAAAACACCACAGCACGAUGACAAGGAAAAUGAUUCAGUAGAAUACGCAGCUGUGCAUUUUGCAAACAAGAGACCCAAAUCUUCCAGAAGACAUGCUGAGGACUCUGUGUGCACAGUUUCUGUCUAUACUGAUGCUACUUGAA